AUGGCGCCAACAAAGAGCGCAAAAGGCCCUAAAAAGCCGCUGCCGUCGCUCAAAGCCUCGGCGAAAGCGAAGCCUCUCGCCCGCAAGUCAUCGACUGCUUCAAGCUCAAAAUCCAAGGUCACUCGACCGCCUCCAAAGCAGCAAAAGACGAAGCCUGGUGCGCACGGUCAGAAACCUGCCAAGAAGAAGGCACCGACAUAUACAGACAAGCAAUUGGGCCUGCCGUCGCUCAACUCCAUUGUGCCUAUCUCGCAUCCCAGCAAGGCCGCUUCUGGCAAAGGAACAGGCAAGAAGAAAGGCAAGGUUUUCGUUGACGAUGUCGAGGCCAUGCAGACCAUCAUGAGCAUUGUGAAUGCGGAAAAAGAUGGCGUUAUCGAGAGCAAGAUGAUCAAGAUGCGCCGGCUUGAAGAAAUAAGAGAAGCCAGACAGAAGGAGCAAGAGAAACGGGAUGCCCAGAAGAAGGGCGAGCUACAAGGCAAGAUGGAGGAGGUGAAAGGCAAAAGAAAGAGGAAGAGAGGCCUCGACGAGGUCAGCAAGGCAGCGAACGAGAACGGCGAGAGGGAGCUCAAGCCUAAGAAGAAGAAGAGUGUGGCAUUUGCUUGA